GACAAGCGUGGUAGCAUCAUUGGUGGGAACUCUCAAAUUAGCCGUUAUACUCACAAGGGCAGCCACUACGGGACUAGGAUAGUAGCACAACCAGAAUUGGAGUAGAAUAUGAAGAACCGUUCUUGGACUUGUUGGAAUGAGUGUGGAAGUAGUUCAAAGAUUAGAGUCUGUUUGAGUCUGGGUGGCACUUUGCUGGAUAGGGUGAUACAUGACUCUGGCUAUAAACUUUUCUUGUUAACUAGUUUUGUUGCCAUUGUUUUGAUGGUUAUAUUCCAAGCUCUCUGUUUGUAGUACUUUGAUUCUCUUUCUUUUGUUUGCACCUAGGUUUUUUCCCACUAUGUUCGUGCCUUUAAAUUGUGGACUCGAACCUUGUUCCUCUCCCCAUAUCCAAGUAUUAAAAACAUACAGCCUUUGUUCGAAAUCAAGUAUGUCUGGUGUUAGCGGUCCAGGAUCUGGUCUAGCGGAGGCCUAUGUGAUGCGAAAGCUUCACAAGGAGAAGAUGAAGAGAAUGGCGGCCGAGAAGAAAAGAGAAGAAUCGAAGGAAAUUCUUGGUGGUGAAGAAAGUGGUUCUGUUAGAUGUUUGUUCUGGGGAUCUAAGAAGAAGGUCCGUUCAGUGGACUCGGCAACAAAGGCAAGCUGAGAGAAUAUGUAUUGUCUUGUGGUGGUGGCGGCGGCUACCAUUCGUUUUUCUUUUUUCUGCCACAGUACCUAGAAUAACAUAUUAAAUAAUACAUCCAA